AUGGAAAGACCUAGAGACCUAAACAGUGUUGUACAAUUACUGUUGUGCCAACAGAUUGCUUUAGAUGGCACCAGUGAGGAGGAUCUGGGCAAAUUACAGCGAAGGUUAGUUACUUUCAUGUGAUCCUUCUCGUGGUUCCGCUGUUUCUUCUUUUAGAGAGGAGACUUAAUUGAAAAGACGUAAGGUGUAAUUACAAUUAUUCUAGCUUUUCGUCGCUGCCCAAGCAUACACCAAGAUACGAACCUUUCCAAAUUUUAACGGAGAAGAAGAAAUCCCCACAAAGAUCUCCCAAAAUUGAUGUCCAGAGGAAAGAACAGACUCCUAAACCUCUGAAAGUACAUUUAGAGAAUAGUAAUGGGAUAGCUAAUGCAAGCAACAAAGCCAGCACUGCUUACAAUAAUUUGACGUGAGUUGUUUUUCUUCUUUUGUUAUGAAUUUAGGUAACAGAUAGUCCUUUGAUGUAAAAUUAUUGAAUUUACAGAGUCGCUGAGUUAGAGAAGCCAUCAUGGACGCAUAAUAAGGUCUCAACAUACAGUCCUAUUCAAGUUGUUAUUGAUCCAGUAAGUUUCCAUAAAUGGUAUGAUUGGAAUUAUUGUUUAUAGGCGCCUUUGUCUUUGUCCGAGGCUGUCUCAGCCCAACCUUCUUCAAGUCAAACGGAUGUGAAUGGCAGUUCUUAUCAAGCUGAUCUUCCUGAUAUGAAUGAACAAGCUGUUAUUGCUCGAAUUUGUGCUCUCAGAGCUCAAGGAAAAUGGAGUUUGACACGGCUUCCUUUAUGUGUGGAGGCUCCUAGGCCAAAAGUUCAUCAUGAUUUCUUCUUGGAAGAGGUUCAACUCAUGGCUGUUGACUUUCGGCAGGAGCGGCAUUUGAAGAAAUACAUCGCAAAAAUGGUAAGAGGUUUAUUUUGAUGCGACAUUCAAUAAUGUGGAUAAUGUCGUUGGCGUUCUGCGUCAUAACGUUUUCAAAAAUUUCUGCAUUAAGCAUGCAGCUUUUCGGCAUGCUUUUUGAGACUUCUAAACGGCCGCGAUUUGAUUUACGCUUAUACAUCAAUUAACCUUUUCAGCUCGCUUACGAAGCCGCUCAGGUGGUCCGAGGCGAAGAAGCGCGGUUGUUCCAAACAUCUUCUUCCAAGAGAUUCCGAUCUUUGAAGCCUAACGAAUUCGAGAUGGCCACAUUCUCAGUUAGUUGAUUUGUUUUUGCUCAUAUACGAAUAUUUAUUUUGUCGUAGCAUGUCUUUUCUUUUUUAUAUCUUUUUUUGUCUAAUAAAAUCUCUACGCAUUGGUCUUGAACUCCAGCUCUAAAGUCUUUGAACUCUUAAAAUAUAUGAGUGUUGUGUUUCCAGGGAAGGUAUACUCUAGAUGAUGAAAAGAUGAAGAUUGUGGAAUGCCCAUUACAUGGAAGGCAAAGAGUCAGUUGUGAGAAUGUUGUCAAAUCAGAAAGGUAAAGAGUAAUCUUUUUAUCUUUAUUGUGUUUAGAUUUUUGUCCAAGCUCAGUUCAGAAAAUCCGGUUGAUCGGGUUUCGGCCAUAAACACAGUAAGAAGCCUGUGUUUAUUUGCUGAACUACCGUCGCCCCAAGAAACCGACGAGAUUGAUGAAGAGUUUAGACUGAGAUUGAGACCAGAGGAGCGAUAUUCAUCUUGGGAUCGAUGGAAUCAUCUUGUAAUUAACCGGAGAAAGGUUUGUUCGAAUGGACUCCAUUUUUGUUUUUGCUGUUCAUUACUAUUGUUGUUUUUAGGUUCGCCGGCGCUCUCGUUCUUUGGAUCUGGAUGAUGUCCAUUCAAUCGAACGUCUGAACCAUCGGUGCUCUUCCAGUUUUAUCAUUCGGGUAUUUGAUCAUUACGAGUCUCUUUCCAAAUCAUCACUGCAAUCACUGGCAAGGACAUUAUCGAAAUUGGAGGGAGGAUUGUAUGUUAAUUCUUUUUCAAAACCCUUUCCUUUUAGACCUUUCAUCGACAUCCUCCCUGCUCUGAAUCGACUUUACUCGUUCUACCAGACUGUCAGGUCUCUAAAUGUAGAAUUGACCCUCAGGGCAUUCAAGUUCCAUCUGAAACGUUUAACGUUGGAAUUAGAAAAAUACUCGAGGAAGGUGGUCCUAAGUUCAUUAACAAGGCUCAAGUCAAGGAGAUUUAGGAAAUAUCUGGAUGUUUCUUCGAAAUUCCGAGAACUUUUGAUUCAUUUGGUGUCGUCAGAACAACGAUUUUUGCUUUUAACGGCCACGGAAAAGAGUGCCAAUGUCAUUUCUGAGGGGUUAACGGCUUUUAAUGUGGAAAAUAUUGUAUGCUCAGGGAAGGACGUAAGUGGUUCAAUCUUUACUUUUAUUAUUGGCUAUAGGCGAUUGAGGAGUUUAAUUCGUCUUCAAAGAAAGUUUUCGUUGUGAACACUCGGAAUUCCUCAAGUUUGGAGGAUCAUAGAUUAUUCGAUGUAUAUAAUUUUGUUGUUAUCGAGACUGAUUUGACGUCAAGGCAAGCUAAACUCAUCGAAAAGUUUCAGAAUGUGAGUUUUUAACUUUUGAUAUUGAACGGUAAAUUCGACAAGGGAAUUAUGGGGUUGAUUUAAGGGCCUUGGCGGAGAUAUUGGGCGUACCAUUGUUCUUACGGCGGCGGAAACGCUGGAAGAUUUUUUCUACUCCGACACAGCAAAGCCAAGGCCUAUAUCCGAAGUGCUCGAAGAAGCCGCGAAACGAUAUUUGAAGGGAAGUGAUGUCAAACCACUCGCAAUCGCCUCUGAGUUUGAUUGCGAGGUAACAAUUUAUGACGAGAAAUCUAUGGAGACUGAACUGAAGGUCCCGUUGUCAGUAGACGUUAAUGAAUGGGAUUCUGGAGAGGCCUUUUCACCUUUAUCUUCGACAUCGACAACGUCCAAUUCCGAUUCGGGGAUCUCUUUAUCGUAUCCUCUUUUCUAUGAUGCGACUGCUGAUGAUAACGAAGUUAUUGCCGCGUUGUUGGAUAAUAAUUGGAAUGAACAGAUCUCGAGCUUCGGAAGAUUGGAAGAACAACAGUUCAUGGACUCUUUAACCAAUCCCUGGUACCAUGGAGAAGUUGUGGAACCGGAUCCAUUCGCAUUUACUGAUGAUCUCUCCCCUAUGGAAUUCAUGGACGACACUCAAAAUGUCCACAAUAACGCUCCUGAUUCUGCUGGCGGUUACAUCUUCCCGUACUCUCCAAAGAGUUCAGAAGAUUUGCCAGACGAUGAAACGGGUACUAUUGCAUCGACCAUGGAUCAAGUUGAGGCCAGCCUAGAUGGAUUUAUUGUUGAAAGGACCCCACCACCUCAGAAUCAUCGAUCUGAAGUUGUAGAACCACCGGUGAAGAAAGGAACGGGUCAGAAAAAGAAGAUCGAAGAAAGCCAAAGGAACUUGUAUGGAAAUCAGUAAGUACUGUUACUAAAAAUCUAUGAUUUUAUUUAUUUUUUAAUUUGCUUGUGUCAAUUCAGAGUUAUUAUGCUUCCGGAUCCUAAUCCUAUAGUAAAGCCCGAUGGCAAGCCCGGCUUUACUCCCCCUGUUUAUCCUGCAGAAUGGGUAGAUGCUGAUGUGCCUGCCUGGAAUGUGAUAGAAGAUGUCUGCCUUCUCAGAGCUGUUGUUUCACAACUGAAAGCCGUUCCCCUUCCCGCCUACGUGUCAAGAUCAUUUUGCGUGAAUUGGGAACUAGUCACCAGAGCUGUGAAGAGAGUUUCUUUCCAUCAACGGACUCCAUUCAGAUGUUGCAUGAGGUUCAGAGAAUUGAUCGGGGCGCAAAAGAAGCUGGCCCCAACUGAUAAUGCCGAUCUCCAAGGUGUCUCUUUCGAUGGAUUGGACCUUCCGGAAGUAUUUGAUGAACGAGUGAAAGCAAGCACAAUGCCCAUUACAAGGUGUUUCAUGAGGACUAUCACCAUUCUAAUGAGGAAACAUGCCGAGCUCAGAAAGACCCGUCUCAUCUGGCAAAAGCGGAUGGACCUUCUCCAUGAAGCUGAUGAAACUCCUCGCUAUAGUGUUAUGCGGAAGAUGCUGGAGAGGAGCCCUCGAGCGGUUCCUGAAAUGAAUGCGGAAAGCAGAUCUUAUAUCGAAUCCCGCGGAGUUACACAUAUUCUACCUAGCUACAGUAUCUUGAAGGCGAUCAGGAAUGGAAAUCCAACUGAACCAAACGUUGUCUACCAACAUUACACUAAGAAAAUGAGAAUUCUCCGGGUACUCAACACGGCGCAUAGCUUUAUCAACAGACACUUCAAGGAGCCCUCCGUUUAUAUGCCUAUUCAGCCAUUCUAUGGAAGUACGACAAAUCAAGACGGGUUAAUCUUUGCAAUGAAGAGGGUUGGAUGGGUAGCAGUUCAGUAUAACAAGGCCAGUCUUCAAAAGAAAUCGCUACCGAAAAUUGAAAAUAUCCUUGAACGAAGAUGUUUAUUCCUCAACGACCCCAAGGAUAAGGACACUCCGAAAUAUUCACAAGAAGAAAUCACUCGAAUCAGAGCACAAUCACAGCAUCCGAUCGACGUCAGAGCGACUAAUUAUCCUUCGCAACAAAGCAUGGCUGACGCCUUGAAAUUGGCGUCAAGUUACUACCGGCCGGCGAGGAGAAGUGAUGUCACAAUGGGCAGAGUAGAUAUAAGAGAUCAUGAAAUUAACAAGGACAUGGUCAAGGUAGGUUGUUUGAUGAUGUCUAACAUUUAUUUAAGGUGGUACUCGAUGAUGAAACAAAGCAGGACACUCUGAAUUCUAUCAAAGAACGUCGAAAAAAUGGAAAAAAGCCUUAUGUCAUCUUGUCCAAUGGAAUUCCUGUUCUUCCUGUGGUCGACGGCAAGGGCAGACAAUUCCUUGCAAUCAGAGACGAUCCCGUCGUGUAUCCAUAUUCAGUCUCUGUCAAAGCGGCGGAAUUGGUCGAAAAGCAUGGAAUUAAUUUGAGUGGAAUCAAUGGGUUCGAAGUGUUUCUGGAGAGGCUUAAUGAAGAGAUUGCAAGAAUCGAAAACGAAAAGGAAAACUUAAUUUGGCCAGAAGCUAAGAAAAGAAGAGAGGAGAAAAUGAUUGGAAAAAUAUUGGAUGAGAGUAAUGGAACGCUCCUUCUUAAAGUAUCCUACGUUCCAUCGCAGUUGGCGAGGCUUCCUACGAACUAUGUGAUUCGACUUCUGAGCAAUGGAAUAGUAGAGUUGCAUCAACUUCCCAAUAUCUCGACUCUCCCGCGACAUCUCCGAAUUCCCUUGGAAUGGAAAGCCCAAGCAUUGCAGAAGAGCUUUAAUGGCCAAGGAAACUCGAUGGAAACCGGUGGAUAUCAAGUACAGAUACCGGAAUCUUCGUUUAUUAGAAAGUCCAUGUAUCAAGUACAACAGGAUUAUGUUAAUGUCUCAGAAGAUGAAAAGGCUGCCAGCCGUUCGUCCUACGACCGAAUCGCUCAAAUUCUAAAGAAACAGAAAUUUUUCGUCAAAUUCACACAAGAACAGUUUGAUCAUUGCGUGAAGUUGGAGAAUGUAAAGCCAGCUAUUGUGAAGAAACGGAACUUAUUAGGUCUAAUCGAUUGGCAGCAGAAACUGGAUCGAUCCAUCGAAAAGAAACAAAGAUUUAGACUGAUUCGGACAAGUGAUGAUAAGAAUGAAUUUUGGUUACAUGACCGGGAUGGGGAUCUGGAAGAGAGCAAGGAAUUCAAAGAGAUUAAAGUCGGAGUUGAUCCAGAAGCCAUAAAGACCAAAGGAAAAGGAAGGAGGUUGGUUCUGAGACCCGAAAAUCCAUCUGGAAAGCUGAAAUCGUAAGUUGUUCCUGGGGUUUUCAAAUAAUAUUUGUCUUCUUUUAGGCAAUUUGAGCAAAUCAUCGAAGAGAAUAUUAGAAGUGUAUUGGCAUCUUUGGAUAAAUGCCGUCAAAAAGAUGGCGGCCACAGCAGCAAAGAUCUGGAGAAUCAUGACGAUCUGAGGGCGGUGGUCCUAGCAGAAUUUGAUGCUGUUGUCGCCAAUAUAUCAGCAUUCGAAAUGGAUAAUGUCAAGAUAAAGGCAACUUUCGACGAUGAAGACGAGGAACCCGCUUUGGUGUUGACUUGUGUCCCCAACAAGAACGUGGUUAACUUGGUAAGUUUUGAUCUAUGAGGAAUUUAAUGUUGCUUUUCAGCAAUCAGAAGUUGAGUCUGGCCAAGUAAAAUUGGGCAUCGCUGUCCAAGCAGAUCCUUACGAGGACCUCAACGAACAUCCGGCCGAAUCUUCCUUCAAUAAGUUGGAAUCUGACACUUCUUUGCUCCCUGUUUUGGCUCGCCCCCAUAUAAAAGACACGAUAAUCAAACGGCUCGGCAAAUGGUCCACCAAAAGGAGAUCUAGGUGGAUCAACGUUCUGAAAUACCGAUUUCUGAGACGAAAGACUGUCAGGUUGAAUAAGGCUGUGAAGUCAUCGGUUAAACUAAUCACUGACGCUGAUCCCUCAACCUCGAAGAAUCCAAGUUCGGAAAGGAAUGAGGGUGCAGAUGGGGAUAAAAGGCCGUUGACAUCAACCGAAUAUAAGAAAUUGGCGAUUAGAAAGAGUUUGGCCACGAUGAGAAAGAAGAAGGAGGGCGAAAGUGGAAACGAUGCUCUGAAUAAAAGCCCGGUAAGGAUUUCUAAUUGUACUUGUCUUUAUCAGAGGGGAAAACAUGAGUUUUAAUUUAUUACUUUUGCAGGUAAAACUAGCAAAUGAACUAGCGUCGUCGACUCCAGAUUCGGGAGUUUCUACCCCAAAGAGAUCUCGACUUCCCACCCAUCAAGAGGACACGGAACAUCCAACCACUCCUGCCGAAAAGUCUCCUCAGCCAAAGGUGUUUAACACUGUGUCUGAAUUGGUUCUUGCCACAAAACUGAAGACCCUUGAUCAGAGUCAUGAUCUCUUAUCUCCAGAAUUCGUUGAAGCAAAGGAUCUCCCGGAUGAGCUAGCGAAAGAAUUAAAGGAACAUCACGAACUUUGUGCAUUCAAGUUUAAUCGGCAGAGUGAUGUAAGAAAAUAAUUACUUGUGAAUUUCAAUUUUCGAUGAUUUUUAGGAUGUUUUUGUGACUAACAGUGGUAUUCGUGAAGUUUUUGGACCUCCUAGUUUGUCUACGAAGAACGCAAAAAAGAAGGAGGAACUAAAGGUGAGUAAAAUUGUUAGUUUCUACAUACCUUUUAUUUGUAGGAUCCCCUUCACAUUCUCGGGUUGGCAACUAUGGGGCCAUCGGAGAUCCUGAAAAUGCGAACUGUCAAAAUUCCACCUCGAAUUCAAAAGAAGCAUCAGAAAAUAAAAGAAAAGUUGGAAAAAGAAGCGAUCGAAUUCAAAACGGAAGAGGUCGAGGAGAAAGUGGAGGAACAACUGCCACAAGAAGAACCAAAACCAAGUGCAGAACAAUUCCAACGGGACUAUUAUGGAACUCAGAAGAAGAUUUACACUCCUUAUGGUCACGCAAGUGAACAGACAGGGGCCCAGAGAGUGGUCAUGGUCAGACCAGGCACGUCAAUCCCAGUGCAUUCAAGACAAAUCCAUACCGCGACUGGCGGAGGCCAGAUCAGAACUUAUGCCGUGCAUUCACAAAUCCAUCCACCUCCUCAGCAACGUAAGUGUUGGCUAGAGUAACAGGUAUCAAGGAUGACUAUGUUUUAGAUUUCACGUCUGCCGGACAACCCGUCUCCAUCCAUCAGCCAAUCCCCGGCUCUUCUUCACACAACCAACAGUAUGUCUACAGCCAAUCGCCAAAUGAGUUUGGGGAUUACUCACCUGGAUCUUCAUCACCCUCUACUUACAGGGCAUCCGCCAUCAGAAAAGACAGAGUCCCCACAAAACAAAACCCAAGUAAACCCAGACCAGGAGAACGACAGGGAGUCCCGAUUGGACGAAGAAUCGGCAGAAACGACAGCAUCAGCAACGACCCGAACAGAGAACUGACCGUCAGAGAAAAGUUGCAGAGGGACCUCCAAUUGGGAGUGAAUCAGCAGGGUCCGGCGUCUCAAAAUGCAAGAAGACCAGCUUAUCCAAAGCACCAACUUCAACGAGUUUCCCAACCAAUUCAACGAACUUCUCAUCCCGCAUUAAAACGAAGAUUGGAAGACCCGGGAUCGUUACAAGUGGAACUUCAGCCAAUGGAAACUGAUAAAAGAAGGAAGAUGAGUCCAAGUUACCAAGGUCAAGGAUACCAACCCGUCCAGAGGAUAUCACCCUCCACUCCGACUGAUCCAACGCAAGCUCAGAUUGUGAUCUCCCAGCCUCAGACGUCCAGUUCAGGCCAGUCUUAUCGACAAGGAACCCAAUCACAAUAUGUGGUGCAGAACCCCCAUUCCAGUGAAUACGCUCCUCUCGAGAUACGAUUACAUCUUCAAGACUCGCAGGGGAAACCAAUUCAGUGUCCAAGUUCGGUCCCAACAGUGGCCAAUGUCAGGUUAAGUCCGACUGGAGAGAACAAGGAGAAAGGAGGACCGGUUAUCGAACAUGAGGUACGGUUUAAGAUAUUUUUUAUUUUGUUGGGGUGUUAUGAAUUCUAAUGCAAUGUUUCCAGAGCUCGGUCGUUCCUGUUCACACUCCCAGAGGCAUGGAAUAUCGAGUUCAGAUACCAAGAUUACCAGAUGAAGCACGUCAGUAUCAAAUCAAACUUUCAUUACCCGGACAAACAACAGCUCAAGUGUACGGUGUCCCAGAAGAAACUCCCGUCAAAGACGUACUCGAAAUGAGGCAACCACAAUCACAACCUCGAGGUGUAAGUUUCUUGAGAGUCAGCAUUGAUAAACCAUGGCAUAAAAAGAGUAUGAUGUUCGUUUCAGAAUCGGCAGGAACAGAAGGUCCAAAUCAUCCAACCUCAAGGUCCUGGUGGUCCGCAGUACGUUCAAUUUCAGUACAACACAGCUCAAGAUCAAGCAGCUUCUAGUGGAAGUUCCUCUGAAGGCCCAACUUCCUCGGAUACGACUCAACUCAAAAAGGUAGGACAAGGAAAAGAAUGACAUUUUGUAUAUUUCCUAAUAUUUCCGAACAAAAUGUCAUAGUUCAAGUUAUUGGGGUUAAUAGUAGCGUGAACAGAAAAAAAAAACAAAAGGAAUCGGAUAUCCCGCUCUUUUUUCUCCAGAAUCGCGAUACGAGUAUUCCAAAGAUCUUGCAUAGGGUAUAUGAAAUAAUUUCAGCAAGAAAUGAGAACGGUCCAGCCAAUUCGAGCUCACCCACCGCAAAGAAAAAUCGUGGAAUAUCAAAUACCAGGAAAGGUCAAAGAUUCUGACCGACGUCCGCAGACGAUCGAUCCUAAACAGAGAAUUCAGACUGGCCCGGGGGCGAGAUUAGGACAAACUCGAUACUUCUCCGUUCAACAAGGACAAUCAGGUAAGAUAGCAAUUCCAAACGACAUGUUGUUUAGUUUGAUGGUAAUUUUUAAUGAUAUAUUUUCGUUAAAGCUUCGUCAUCUCCAUCAACGAGUCAAUCGGAUCAUCCGAUCCCCUCAACUAUCUCCACAACCCAAAGAAAUCCAUCGCCAGUCACAAAUCCAAUCCAACAGAAUCGUCAACGAAGAGUAACUCAAGGCCCACAAAGAACAGCACCCAUUCAUUCAGGCCGACGAGGAUCCGCUCAAAUCAUACACAAAAAGAGCACUGAAAACCCGCCAACGCCUUAG